AUGAUCAGUCUCCGAAAACCAACAAUCUUAUUUGCUUCUGUGAUCUGUGCUCUUGUGGUUUUUGGGAUUUUAAGCUCCCGAGAUGAGAAUUUAAGAGCAGAGAUACAAGAAGAGGCAAACCACUUACUUUACCAAUGGGAAACUCUCGAAAGAAACUCCAGACUUGUUCACAAGCAAAACGAUACUGGUGAAGUUCCACCUGAACCAUGUACCGUGGUAAAUCCCCUUACUAAUCAAUUUUUUGAUCUUCGACCUUUGGGUGCGUUGGGAAACGAUGGGCUCGUACAAGCAUGGAACGCACGUGGUUAUGAUUACGGUCGUAACUUCUCCAUUGGUAUUUGCCACACCCCAUUAAAACAGCUUCAAAGUUCUCCGGAGUCAGAUUUUGAAGGGAUCGCAAACAAGAGUGAAGUUGGAGGCUAUUAUACAGAUAUCACGGGUCACAAAAAAUCCAUAGGACAGAUAUCAACGACUCCAAAAUUCAGAGGACGGAAACUUGUUCUUGAAUACACAGAUGGCAGUGUUUGUGAAGGUUUCAAAAGUGAUGGUUCACUCCGAAAGUCAACUAUUCUAUCGUUUGUUUGUGAUCGGGAGAUUAUGACGAAAGCAUCCAUCUCUUACGUAGGCUCUUUACAUGACUGUUCAUACUUUUUUGAGGUGAGAACUAUUCAUGCGUGUCCAACAGCCGCAAAGAAAGACGACAAAGCCAUUAUCUGGAUUUUCCUUUUCAUAUGCUUGUGUGCGGUUGCCGUGUUUUUCGGAGGAGGUUUUGUUUAUUCAUUUUUCAGAUAUAAUCACGGUCGUCAGUCAACUACACACUGGAAACGCAAUUCCUUUGCAGCUGGAGCUAAAAAUUUGGCUCAGGUAAGUCACCGUGAAGAGAUUUACAAAUGA